AUAUAAUACUUUACAUAAUAUUAUACUAGAUUGAACGAAUGUUUGCACGCAAAUGAUGUAGGAUAAGGAUAUAUAAUCUAUGCAAUAAUGCAAGUGACACUGUAAUUCACUCAUUGGUGUUCUUGUAAUUGUUGACAUAUUAUUCUAUCAAAUAUAAUACUUUAAACUUUUAUGUUUUUAUUCGUGCACAUACCCAAGAAGCCCGAUUUACUCUUUCUAAUUUAAUUUAUUUAUUAAUCAAGGUUUCAUCCUUACGAACUACAUUUUCUAUAUUGUUUCGUGCUGUAACUUAAUGUACCAAGCUUACAUUAAGUAAUACGGUUACUUUGAUUAUUGUUGGUUUGUUUUCGGAAAUAUGAGUACCAUGGAAGAGAUAGAAGAAGAGUCAAAAGCAGCAGCAGAAAAAAUGGUUAUGAAUAUGAUGCAAAGACCUGGUCAGCUGGAAAAGGUUGAACAAUAUAAAAAAAGGAUAACCCAUAAAAAGGCAUCAAUUGAAGCCCAACUGAAAUCAGCAGUUCAAGGAAAAUUGGAUGGAGUAAGUGUAGGUUUACGACAGCUACAAGAGUGUCUUGAUGAUGUGCAACAAAUCAGUAUAAAAAUGGAUGAAUUAGAAGAACUAUUAAAAGGUGUACCACCAUUAGUAGCAUCUCUACAAGCAGUGCGUGAGGAAGAUUGUCGUCAUUCUCAAUAUGUAACUGCUAUGGACAGUUUGAAACACAUUUUUACAGUACCAGAAAGUGUAGCAAAAACUAAACAAUGGAUUGGUGAAGGAAAACUGUUACAUGCUCACCAGUGUCUCAGUGAUCUCGAAAAUUCUAGAGAUGACCUGCUUUAUGAGCUACACAGACUUCCUAAUCAGUCUUCACAUGAUAAAAUUAUGUUAAAAGCUUAUUUUGAGGAUGUUGGGGUUGUAUCCAAUUUAUUAGAGAAACAGAUAAAACUAAUAUUAGCAAGAACCUUAAAUACGGUUAGAAAAGAACCAACUGUCAUUGUGACUGCAUUGAGAAUUAUAGAAAGAGAAGAAAAGAGAGACCAAAUGGCUUUACAGCAACAAGAUCAAUCUGGGUUUAUGCCACCAGGUAGACCAAAAAACUGGAGGAAGACAGCAUUUGAGGAACUAGAACGUGCUGUCGCCCAGCGUAUCGAAGGCACGCGAGUUGAUGAGCGUGAAGAUAACAAAUUAUGGCUGAUUCGAUACUUAGAACUGACAAGACAACUUAUUUUAGAAGAUUUAAGAGUGGUGAAAACCUUGUGUGUGCCUUGUUUCCCGCCACAUUAUGAUAUUGUUAAUAAAUAUGUUAAUAUGUAUCAUACAUGCCUAUCUUGCAGUUUACAAGAUGUAGUCCAGAAUGGAUUGGAAGGCAAUGAAUAUGUGACUUUGUUGUCAUGGAUACUAAACACAUACCCUGGUCAAGAGUUGAUGGCAAGUCCGGAGCUAAAAAUUGAUGUAUCUACUCUACCUCCAUUACUGACUGAUGAAACUAUGCAAAAACUGCAGGAUGAAUAUUUACAGAAAAUGGAGUCGAACUACCGCGAGUGGAUGGACAAGACGCUGGAGUCGGAGCGCGCGGAGUGGGGCGGCGAGCGCUCGCCCGAGGUGGAGCCGCACACGGCCGCGUUUCACACGCACGCGCCCGUCAUUAUAUUCCAGAUGAUCGAUCAGAACCUUCAGGUUACAGAGACAAUAACAAAAGAAAUCACAUUCAAAGCUCUUCUACUGAGUAUUGAACAAGUGACUCGCUUCGGAAACAUGUAUAGGGAAGGUGUUAUACAAUUUAAGAACGCUCACUUCGCGGACCGCGCGCGCGUCGCGUACUUCACGCACCACAUGAUCACCAUCGUGAACAACAGCGAGCAGAUGGUGCGGCUCGCGCAGCAGACGCAGGCGCGCCACUGGCCGCCCGCGCGCCACGACCCGCCCGCCGAGGAGAAGUUCAACCGGAUGCUGGCUACCUUCCAGAAUUUGAGGAACGAAGCAGCUAACUUUUUACUCGAAGAGGCCUUUUUAGAUCUUGAAAAACACUUCGAUGAUCUAUUCACGGCGAAAUGGCUGACUUCUAGCAUUCCAGUUGAUACGAUAUGCGUCACACUCGAAGACUACUUCCAAGACUACAAUCACUUGAGGGAGAAAAACUUCGAGUACGUUAUAAAUCAAGCGCAAAAUCUAGUCUACAGAAAGUAUAUAACAGCAAUGUUGUCAAAGAAAGUAACUUUUAAAACUGUCGAAGAGGCGCAACAAGCGGCGACUAAGAUAGUGAAAGAAGCAAACCAGAUACGAUCGUUUUUCAAGAAAAUUGCUCUCGCCGCUGAGGGAAUCAACGUUGACUGGCCGUUUGAAGUUCUGAGCACACUAGCUGAAGUGCUCCGUUGCCAAGACAUAGAGAUGCUCUCGCUGGACCUGCACGGUGUUGUGGACAAAUGUCCCGGGGUUAGUGAGGAGCAGCUGGCCCGCUUGGUCAUGUUGCGGGGGGACGUGCCGCGGGCGCAUGUCCGCGACACUGUGGCGCACGUGUGUUCCACUAGACGACCUGCGAGACCUAACACGCACCCCACACACCCCGAUCUCUUCAAGGAUAUCACGUUUAGCGAUAGAUUGUUGUCCCACUUUACGCUGUAGGAGCUUUAAAUUGAUGAUGAUGAGACUUUUUAUGUGAACAAGAAAGCUUUACAUUAUAUGUUUGUGGUAUGGAGUAAACGUGUGUUCACUAAACGACCUGCGAGAACUAAUAGGCGGGGUGCCUUUAUACACAGCUGUUUUACGCCAAAUAAACUAUAAGGAGAUUAUACUGUAUACUAUACAGUGUAUAGGUGUUCUUAUUGGUUUAACUUUUAAUGUUAAACGUUCACGGACAAACAACAUGUAUUACGCAA